UUUCGGCUCACCCGGAGUCCUCUUCCUCGUUCGGCGCAGUCUGAGGAGUUUGUUGUGGUCGUGUUUGUGUGGAAAUGGGGGCUUGUAUGGCUUUGUGUUCUCUUGCGAGCUGCGCCUCGUGUCUGUGCGGCUCGGCUCCGUGCCUCCUGUCAGGAUGUUGCCCUUCCACUUACAACUCCACCUUAACUCGCCUGGCCUUUUCCUUCUUUAUGCUGCUGGGGACAUUGGUGUCCAUCAUCAUGAUUAUGCCUGGUAUGGAGGCUCAGCUGGAAAAGAUUCCUGGGUUUUGUGAAAAUGGCGCUUCCGUACCUGGUCUCCAUGGGAAGGUGAACUGCAGUAUAAUGGUGGGCUAUAAGUCAGUGUACAGGAUGUGUUUCGCUAUGGCCUGCUUCUUCUUCCUCUUCUCCAUGAUCAUGAUCCGAGUGCGCAGCAGCAAGGACCCGCGGGCCGCCUUUCAGAACGGGUUCUGGUUCUUCAAGUUCCUGAUACUGGUUGGCAUAACUGUAGGGGCUUUCUUCAUUCCUGAUGGGACGUUUAACACAGUGUGGUACUACUUCGGUGUGGUGGGCUCCUUUAUCUUCAUCGUGAUCCAGCUGAUCCUCCUGGUGGACUUCGCUCAUACCUGGAACCAGAGAUGGGUGGAGAACGCAGAGAACGGGAGCAGGUGCUGGUACGCAGCCCUGCUGUCCUUCACUGUCCUGAACUAUGCAUGUGCCUUCGCUGCGAUGGUGCUGUUCUACGUGUUCUACACUCAGCCGGACGACUGCACUGAGCACAAAGUCUUCAUCAGCCUCAACUUCAUCUUCUGCAUCAUCGUGUCUGUGGUCUCCAUUCUCCCUAAAGUUCAGGAAGUCCAACCAAGCUCUGGUCUGCUUCAGUCUUCUCUCAUCUCGCUGUACACCAUGUACCUCACCUGGUCUGCCAUGACCAACAACCCCAACCGUAAGUGUAACCCCAGCCUGCUGCAGCUGGUCAGUAACAACCCCACCACAUCCACCGCCCCCACCCCCACCAUCGCACCCGGGCAGGUACAGUGGUGGGACGCUCAGGGCAUUGUGGGGCUCGUCAUCUUCCUCUUCUGCACUCUGUAUGCCAGCAUCCGCUCGUCCAAUAACUCUCAGGUGAAUAAACUGAUGCAGACGGAGGAGAGCCAGGGCCUGGCGGCGGACGUGGAGACGGCGUCGGACGAGGACGGAGUGAGACGUGCUGUGGAUAACGAGGAGGACGGAGUGACCUACAGCUACUCUUUCUUCCACUUCUGUCUCAUCUUGGCGUCUCUCUACAUUAUGAUGACUCUCACUAACUGGUAUCAGCCAAACUCAGACUACCAGGCCAUGCAGAGCACUAUGCCGGCGGUGUGGGUGAAGGUCAGCUCCAGCUGGCUGGCCCUGGCGCUGUAUCUCUGGACCCUCGUGGCUCCUCUGAUCCUCCCCGACCGAGACUUCAGCUAAACGCCAAAAAUCACGGCAGGUUUCAGCCCACCUGACCUCUCUUCUGCACUUGUAUCUUCUCAGAGAUGGUUUGAGGGGCGAAAUUCAAACUGAAAUCAAAAGCAGAAACCCUGAACACCCCUUUACUUUCAGCCCAGAGGUCCUGGGUUACACACUAAACUCCCUGCCCAGAAACAAACCUGUGAGAAAUUCAGAUGAUUUUUUUUCCACAUUAAAACAGUAUCAGAGGAGCAGAACAUGAACUAGUGCAAGAAGAUCUGCUUUGCUCCUCACAGAGUGUGAAGACGGUGACGCUGGAUGGGCUAAUCUCUGAUAUUAAUCUCAAUCAUAUUUAUUUAGUCUGCGUGUGAAAGGGGUUCUUCAGGGGUUCUUUAAUGAAGAAAAUUGUUCUGUAUAGAGCCAUGAACACUCAAAUUUGAGUUUAACUGUUGUUACGAUGUAAAGCUUAACAGAUUCCAUAUAGAAUCUUUUCAAAAAGGUUCUAUAUAGAACCACCUACAGCACAUUCAUGCACAUUUCCCACCUGAAGAACCCUUUCAUGAUACAAAGAACCUUUUAAUCAUGCAGAGGUUCCUUUGAGUGUUCAUUAUUCUAUAUAGAACCAUUUUCUUUUCUAAAGAACCCUCAAAACCCUUUUUUAAGUAUGCAGCGUUCUGAACUUGAUUUCUGAACUGAAACUGAAUUUUUUCAGGAUUGAUGUAAAACUGAACACCUGAACGUCAAUUUUUAUAUUAAUUUACAUUUUCAGAGAAAGCAGCUUUACUGGCAGAAACAGUUGAAUUUCAGACGUUCAGCUGUACAUCAUCAGCCGUAACAUUCAGUUUCAGACAGAUUCAAUUAGUAACCUUCAAAUUCAGUUUUUUGCAUUCACUCAAAAUUCUAACGGCUUUGGACUUCCAGUUGAACCUGCCUCAGUAAGUAGUUUCACACAGUGGAAGACCUUUACGGGACAGUUAAUUAAUAAUAGUAAUUAAGAUACUGGUAGUGAAUAAAAAAGGAAAACUAGUUUAAAAAGUUAAAAUGACAAAGUUUUAAAAAAUCAAAAUUUUAAGAAAAAUGUUCAUUUUAAUAUUUCACCAGAAAUACUUACGAAGUCCGAUUUUUACAAAAACUGGCCAGUGUUUUGCUGGUGGACCGUGUCUGUUAGUUUUCCACCUCAAUGACAGUGACACACGUACAAAAUAAUAUCAUGUAAGAUUAAUAUCGCUCCUUAACUUUUCAUACUUUGCUUGAUUUUUAGCACUUUGUGGGCGGAGCCUGGACAGGACAAGCGAGCUGAGCGUCUAUACUAAUUGAGUCUAUUGAGUCUAUACUAAAAUCCGCACUCCAGUAUCCGCCCAAAGCUGCCUUUACUCCAGAAAACAAGUAAACAAUCAAGUACACUAGAUUUAUAUGUAUAUGACACUUUAUAUAAUUCUGAUGUCUAUAAAUGAUUACAUGCAAAAUCAAGGGGAAGAGCUUUAUGGCCCCAAAUAUAAUCUUCUGUUUAUGAUGUGAUGUUUGCGCUACGUUCAGUGGACGUCGCUGUUACUCCGGCUGGGUGUUGGUCUUCUUUUAGUCUCUUAUUGAUCCUGAUUCACAUGUAGUCUGUUAAACCUGGACCAAAGAGAAGCAGGUGCCUUUACUUUUUCUCAGGAGAGCUGUUUGUUUUAUACUGAUGUCGCUUUUGUACUUUGCACAUUUUCUCUUUCAGAUCAUAUGAAAGCUUAUCAAUAAAGAGUUUUACCCGUA